AGAAGGGAGCUUGCUUCACACACUGCUGAAGGCUGUCAGAAGCAGACCAUACGAGCAGCACUCUGGCUGGUGUGCAGUUUAAGGGACAACAUUCACUGACUUUAUUCACUGAAUUGCUGAAGGACAGAUAUGACAUCCAACUGCUGCUUCUAUAUGUUCUUGCUUAUUGGUGCCAGGGUCAUCUGUGACUCUUUGGAAGAUCAUGUUUCUGGAACUGGGGUCAGGUGCCCCCUGGGCUACUUUCCGUGUGGCAACAUCACAAAGUGUUUGCCCCAGCAACUUCACUGUAACGGCGAGGAUGACUGUGGGAAUCGGGCCGACGAAGACAACUGCGAAGACAACAAUGGAUGGUCUCUGCAGUUUGACAAACAUUAUACAAAGGACAAGUACAACAAACUGAAAUCUCUGUAUGCAUUUCAGAAAAAGACAUCUGAGUGCUUGGCUGGUGAUGUGCCAUCAGAGUGUACCUGCCAAGGGCUGGAGAUCUUCUGUGAUGCUGCCAAUUUACGAGCUGUCCCAUCAGUCUCUUCAAACAUAACCAUAAUGUCUCUUCAGAGGAAUCUGCUAAGAAAACUUUCUGCUGAUGUUUUCAAGAAAUAUCAAAAUCUUAAAAAUCUGUAUCUUCAGAAUAAUAAAAUCAGAGCUGUAUCUGAACGUGCUUUCAAAGGUUUAUAUAAUUUGACAAAACUAUACCUGAGUAACAACAAGAUAACUACUUUGGAGCCUUUCGUCUUUGCAGACCUCCACAGACUUGAAUGGCUGAUAAUUGAAAAUAAUAGGAUAAAUCGGAUCUAUCCAUUAACAUUUUAUGGACUCAAAUCACUUAUUCUUCUAGAAAUGAUGAAUAAUUCUCUUGCUCGUUUGCCUGAUAAACCUCUGUGCCAGUACAUGCCGAGACUAAACUGGCUAGAUCUUGAAGGGAACCAUAUCCAUCAUGUGAGAAAUGCCACUUUCAUCUCCUGCAGCACUUUAACUGUAUUGGUGAUGAGACGAAACAAAAUCAGCUCUCUAAAUGAAAACAGCUUUUCUUCUCUCCAGAUGUUAGAUGAAUUAGAUUUGGCUAGCAACAAGAUUGAAUCACUUCCUCCAUAUAUAUUUAAGGAUCUAAAGGAGCUUUCACAACUGAACCUUUCUUACAACCCUAUCAAGAAAGUACAAAUAGACCAGUUUGAUUUUCUAAUUAAACUCAAAUCUCUCAGUUUGGAGGGCAUUGAAAUUGCAAACAUCCAGAGAAGAAUGUUCAGACCCCUGAGAAACCUUUCCCACAUAUAUUUUAAGAAAUUCCAGUACUGUGGAUAUGCCCCUCAUGUGCGCAGCUGUAAGCCCAACACUGAUGGGAUUUCCUCCCUCGAGAAUCUUUUAGCUAGCAUCAUACAGAGAGUGUUUGUCUGGGUUGUAUCUGCCAUCACCUGCUUUGGAAAUAUUUUUGUUAUCUGCAUGAGACCUUACAUCAGAUCAGAGAAUAAGCUGCACGCCAUCUCAAUAAUGUCUCUUUGCUGUGCUGACUGUCUGAUGGGAAUAUAUUUAUUUGUGAUUGGAGCUUUUGAUCUUAAAUAUCGUGGAGAAUACAACAAGCACGCUCAGUUGUGGAUGGACAGUAUUCACUGUCAAUUGGUUGGAUCGCUGGCUAUUCUGUCUACAGAGGUGUCAGUCUUACUGUUGACAUAUCUGACUUUGGAAAAAUACAUCUGCAUAGUUUAUCCUUUUAGGUGUUUGAAGCCCAGAAAAUGCAGGACAAUUUCCAUUUUGGUUCUUAUCUGGAUUAUUGGGUUUGCUGUUGCUUUUAUCCCACUGAGCAAUAAGGAAUUUUUCAGGAACUACUAUGGCACCAAUGGCGUCUGUUUUCCUCUUCACUCAGAACAAUCAGAAAGUUCAGGAAGUCAGAUUUAUUCUGUUGUCAUUUUCUUAGGUGUAAACUUGGCAGCUUUUAUCAUCAUUGUGUUUUCCUAUGGGAGUAUGUUCUACAGUGUUCACCAAACAGCUAUUAUGGCUACUGAAAUUCGGAAUCAUAUUAAAAAAGAGAUGAUCCUUGCUAAACGCUUUUUCUUCAUUGUAUUUACUGAUGCACUAUGUUGGAUACCUAUUUUUAUUUUGAAGCUCCUUUCUUUACUUCAAGUAGAAAUACCAGGUACCAUAACUUCUUGGGUGGUGAUUUUUAUACUGCCAAUAAAUAGUGCUUUGAAUCCUCUUCUCUACACUUUGACUACACGACCUUUCAAAGAAAUGAUUCAUCAGGUUUGGUACAACUACAGACAAAGAAGAUCCAAAAGAGGUAAAGGCAGCCAGAAAACAUAUGGUCCAUCAUUCAUUUGGGUAGAGAUGUGGCCAAUGCAUGAAAUCACGCCAAAGGUUACGAAGCCUGUGCUUUGUACAGACUCCUCCGAUGCUUCAGUGACUACACAGUCAACAAGACUAAAUUCAUACACGUAAACACAUUUUGAAUCCUCAUGGUGACAUCGGCACUGUUAGCUUCAUGUCCGUGGGCUUACUCCUUUACAGCAAUGAGGAAAAAUGAGGGAGGUGUGACACCUGGGCUCACGUGAACCACUGCGGGAAGAAGAGGGAGCAAUAUGUCUGGGUGUAGGUAGAACUCACACAACAAUAAUUUUACCAUCUCACAGCAGUACCUGACGUUUUGACAAUUCAUCCUAGAUCAGAAUGAGAAAUAGUUGUUCAGGAAUUUUUCCUUCUAGAAGCCAGGAGUGUGGAAAAAAAUUAAUUUUCAUUUGAAACAUCUAACUCUGAAAGCAGAUUGUUUCAAAAUCAUCUGUUUAUGGGGAAGUGAGUGGGGGGAAAAGUUAUUCUAUUUCUAUUUUUUUAAUCCCCCAGCUGAAUUUUUUUAAGAAAUUAAGAAAUGUGUUUUCACUUCAGAAUUGUUGUUGUCUCUAUUUAGGCUGCAUUAGCUCUUAAAAAGCUUUAGGGAGCAAUAGGUUUACGAAAAAUAUUUCAGUUUCCUAACUGGUCAGACCAAAACAAUUGAAAAUUGUAUUCUUUCUAUAAUUUUACCAGCUAUUUCACUCAUGUAAGGACAAUUCUGAAGUUGUAAUGAUAGUUCUAAUAUAGUUGCCAGGCUGGACAAGACCUUGAGUAACCUGGUCUAGUGGGAGGCGUCCCUGCCCAGGGCAGGGAGUGGUUGGGACUAGAUGAUCUUUAUGAUUCUACAUCAGGUAGAACCAGAACUGUGGCAAAGAAAAAAAUUUAGGGUUUUUUCCCAAGUGAGUGUCCCCCAGCUAUAGCUGGUGGAAGUUUCUAUCUUCAGACGAGUAUCUUUUCCUGGAAAGACUGGACUGAGUAUCCCAGCAUCUUGAUGCUGCUCUUUUCCUCACUUUUCUUAAUGGGCUACCAUAAGUAGCUCACCACAGCUUGCAGACUUCAACAAACACCUGUCUUAAGAUGUCUCUCUGUACGUGGGAGACAACCAAUUAGAAAACUAUUAGUCUUAACGGGUGUCAUGACAUCUACAUUUUAAUCACCUUGUGCAUCUGACUGAAUGCAUUAUAGUUAAAACUUCAAGACCACAGCCAUUCAGCUGUUUUUGGAGCAUUAUUUUUUCCCAGAAUUACAAGGGUCAAAAGAACCCAAAAAAAAAACCCUUAUCCCACCUGAAACAGUCCCCUAGAGACAGUUCCUUCACAUAUUCUUACUGAAGAGAAUAUUUUCCAUUAUGAAUUAUUACAACUUCCCUUCUUCUUUCAGUACCGUACUCAGUCUGAUGGCCUAGAAGCCCACAAAGGUAAAAGAAAUGCUUUUUUUGCAUUGAUGAUUUAAAACUAUUUAAAACUAAGUUAAAAGCUACUUCCAAUGUUUGCACUUAA